AUGUUGGACCGGCUGCUAUUUGAGGUGACGCAGGUCUACGAACCGCUGAUCCUCGGGCUCUUCCUAUUUGCGCUGUGGCUGACCAACAAGUGGGCCGACGACGAGACGUCCGCCCAGCUCCUCUGGCCGUCCAUCUUCACCGGCGUCGGGCUGGCCACGUAUCCGAUGGUGCCCGUGUCGGUGGUGACGGAGAGCGCCUACCUCACCUACUGUGCCUCGACGCGGGCCAUCGUCAUUACGCUAAUAUCGGCGGCCAGCGGCUUCAUCUACUUCGUCGUGAUGAGCGGGUUCGCCUCAACAGUGCUUUCGCUGGUGAUGGUGGGGCUCAGCUGCUUCUACGCGCUCAGCUUCCACUUUUUGGCGCGCGUAUCGGCCGGCUACGAUUCGGCGGACCCGCACCUGAUGGCCGCCCUGGGCCUUGAUGCCCCCAGCCACAAACGCCCCUCGGCCGGCCAGCGAAUCUGGGAUCUACUCCGCGAUGCC